ACCAACCCUCCUAUCCUCACUUUCUCUGCAAACCACCAUGAUUUCCGACAGCGUGCAGACCCCGUCCAUAACAAAUGGACAUGCUGAUGCUAGCAUGCGUGUUCAAGUCAUCGACGAGGACAAAAAAUUCAAUGCGGACCUUAGCAAAUGGAUUGACAAGUGGGGAUUGCGGAGUGCUGGUUUUGAUUAUGAUGUUGUCGCUGUCUUUGGCUCUCAAUCUACGGGGAAGAGUACUCUUUUGAACAAGCUGUUCGGAACUACGUUCGAUGUCAUGGACGAAACUCAACGCCGACAAACAACCAAAGGCAUUUGGAUGUGCCGGGCGGAUGAUCUUCCCGUCCUCGUCAUGGACGUUGAGGGAACUGAUGGUCGUGAACGCGGCGAGGACCAGGAUUUCGAGCGGAAGUCUGCCUUGUUCUCACUGGCAUCCUCCCAAAUUCUGCUUGUCAACCUAUGGGAGCACCAGAUUGGGUUGUAUCAAGGAGCAAACAUGGCGUUGCUCAAGACGGUGAUCGAAGUGAACCUGUCCCUGUUUGGAAAAACCGAUCAAAAGACACUACUUCUUUUUGUUAUUCGGGAUCACGUCGGAGCCACGCCACUUACAAACCUUUCAGCGACGUUGACUGCGGAUAUCGAGCGCAUAUGGGCAUCCGUGUCGAAGCCUGAAGGUCUCGAAUCACGGUUGUUGACGGAUUACUUUGAUCUUGAAUAUGUGGGACUGGCGCACAAAAUUCUCAUGCCGGACAAGUUCGAGGCGGACGUGAAGUCCCUUCGGACGAGGUUUACCUUCGGACCUACCGGAUUUUUCAAGGAGAGGUAUCGUCGCAGAAUCCCAGCAGAUGGUGUUGGUGUGUAUAUGGACUCGAUUUGGGAACAAGUCUCGUCGAACAAGGACCUUGAUCUUCCCACCCAACAAGAACUCCUCGCUCAAUUCCGUUGCGAUGAAAUAUCCAAGGCUGCGCUCGAAGCAUUCACGUCAAGGGCCAAGGAGGGCCGGAGAAACCUGGAGGGUGGAAAAGCUGUCGCCAAUCUGGGUGGCAUGAUGCGGGAUUGGAAAACGGAGGCCCUUCAUCGAUUUGACACCGAAGCUUCACGCUAUCACGCAGGAGUGUACAAGUCGAAACGCGAGGAUCUCACUGCCGCCCUUCAUGCGUAUCUUCAACCUCUCUUCAUGGCUCAGCUGAAGAAUCUCCAUAAGAGCUCCCUUGCUCUGUUCAAGGUUCAGUUGGAAGAAGGGUUAAGGAAGGAUGGGUAUGACUUUGCGACUGUGGUGGGCGAUGCUCGAACAAAGUCGCAGACCGCGUUUAAGGAAGGUGCUGACGAGGUUCUUAUUCCGGAUGCGGACUGGGAUUACGACCUUGAACUCCAGCAGCUAGAUGAGGACCUUACUUCACUUACUGCGCUCAGCAAGUCAGACGAGAUGAAGAAGAUGGUCAAUUCUAUCGAGCGUACGUUCAAGCGCGAGAUCGGGGAGAAGGUCGACUUGGAGCUGGGCAGACCUGGGCCCAAGAUGUGGGAUACCGUCCUAACUGUCUACUCUGCUGCUCUCCAGAAAGCUGAGCAGGCGUAUGUGAAAAAAGCUAAGAGUUUCGGUUCCACCCCGGACGAAGAUGCAAAAUCGCUUUUGACUCUUCGUCAGCGUGCCUGGCGCGCGCUAAAGGUCAAGGUCGACGAGCAUACUACUGAGACUUUGCUGCUAUCCAAGCUGCGAGCCAGCUUCGAGGAGAAGUUCCGAUAUGAUGAGAACGGUGUUCCCCGAGUAUGGAGCAAAAAUGAUGAUAUCGAUGGCCUUUUCCGCAAGUCCAGAGACGAGACUGUUGAGCUGAUCACCGUCUAUUCUCGUAUCAAACCGAGCAACCCAGACCUGCUUCCUGCAUUUCCCCCCGAGGAGGAAUUCUCCGGGAUUGAUGGCAACGACGAGCCAUUUGAAUUCGAAGAGUCAUUGCUUAUCUUAUCUGAGGCCAAGCAAGUUGAUAUUACGUCCAAAUUCCGACGAGAAGCGGAUGCAUACUUCGUGGAGGCCAAGCGAAGCAUUGUAUCCAGUAUUGCACAGAUUCCCUACUGGGUGUAUGGCAUCAUUCUCCUGCUUGGAUGGAAUGAAGCGAUAUUCGUCUUGUUCCAUCCUAUCUACUUGUUCACUAUUAUAAUGGCAGGGGCUGCAGCUUAUGCCAUUUUCCAACUCAAUCUUGCUGGACCUCUAUUCCAGAUUUCGAGAACGGUCACGAACGAACUACAGCGACAAGCACACGGUCGCUUGAAAGAAUACUUUGCCGAUCCACCUGCAUCGCCCUCAGGAGACCUGAGGCAGCGACGCGUAUCGCCGGGUACAGAGAUGCUGGAGAAGUAGAAGGCGGUGGAUUAUUCCUUGGCUAUUAUACCUGCCCAGAGGUGGGACUUCUUUCUAUACCUACUUAAUAACACCUGUCGCGGUUUGCAUAACAC